GUCUCCCCUAUGAUUAUCACACAAUCCUCUGGUCUCUAUUCUGUGCUAAAUUGUGAAUUUAAUAUAACAGUCUAAGCCUAAGAGUAGACCCCCUCAUUUGUGUUUCAAUAUUUAUUUUUUAACUCUACUAUGAUAUUGGAGUUAAAUUCAUCAAUAUAAAAUUGAAAAGCUUGAUAAACACUUCUCUCCUCAUACUGCCUUCUGUUGUUUAAUAUCACAAUGCGUCUAUUUUCAGCUCUCUCCUUAGUUAUUGUGCAUUUCUUAUUCUAAAUCCAGCUCAGGAGCCCAGAGCUCUCCACCCCCCCUCUGUGCUGACCUCUGACCUCUCCCAGCUUAUCACCCUGAUUCUCAGAUGAAGAUGAUGUAUUGGAGACUCGCAUUGAGCAGCUCCUCCUCGACACUCUCGGGGAGUCUGGGUUUUGUUACAGGCAGGAAACAGACUCUUCCGCUCCGUAAACACGCGCCUCUGCUUGACCACUCUCGAGAUGCCGGUGGCACGCGAGGACCAGCUCGGUGAUGGUCAGUGGAGGCAGCGCGAGAGUUGGAAGUCUAAUUAGUGCGAUAAUCAGCGACUGGGCUUCAAGAUGGAGGCUUAUAUGGAGUGAAAGUGGAGUUCACCUUUUCUUAGACAUGAAUAAUUACCUCGUUAAUUCUAUUUUAUCUAAACUCGACAGUGAAAUUCUGAAUAUAGUGAAGUCACGUCUUAGUCGUCAUUAUGCAACUGUAGUCUAAACGGAGCUCUUUGUGUUUGGUCUGAUGUCUCUGAAUCAUUGCACCCCAUAAACAACAGCGGGUAAAUAUUUGGGAAACAAACUGAACAGAUUUACUGCCUUUUGGACUAUUUUACGAGCCAAUAUAUUCCACUUAAGUACUCAUAAAUUCCACCAAACUCGUGCCAAAUCACCUCCGUUGAUGUGAAAAUCCCCACUCAUUGGAUUUAUAAUUCUUGGGAAACAAUUAUAAAAAAACAGAAUAUUAACUGCGCAUCUACUAACUUCAUUUUAUUUGCGUAAUUUCUCCUUCUCUUAGUGUCUCAUGGAUCUCCAGCAGGGGAGGGGAGGACGCUCUCCUAAUCUAAAGAGCUCCUUGUUGAUGGGGAUGAGCGGAUGAGAUUAUUUCGGCAUGCUCUCCUUCUCUUUCCACGCGGUUCGGGAGCAAUGGGGCCUUCAGACUGUGGCGCCUGCACUUGGCCACAGAUAGGAGAGCAGCUAUGAGAGGAGGAGGGGUGUCCUGUUUCAGUUUGUGGCACAAAAGCGACACUAAAGAGGAGCGAAACAUUUUCACUAAUUAUUCAUUAGAGCUACAUAAACACAAACAUGCUGGACUCCUGUCUGCUAACAUGAAGAUGGGAAUGUUACCCUGAGAAUUACGCAAAAUACCCAAACUACAAUUACUUUAAAAGAACAUGGAGUUAUUGUUAUUACUAAUAAUAUUAAUGUUAUUAUUAAACGAUAGUAGCAGGAGUAUAAGCUUCAUUUUUAUCUUUGUUAUCAAAAUAAUAAAUACAACUAAAACCUCAAAUUAAAAUAAAAAAGAUUCUGUUGAAGUUCUUUUUCUUUUUCUUUUUUUUUUUUUUGCCUAAAUUGACGAAAACAAAAUUGUUUCAAACUGCAAAAAAAACGGAUACAAUAAUUUAUCUGAGACACUCAUCGAGCCAAAGUCAGACAUCUUUUGUGGCAAAAAAGCCUAUAAAAAUAAUAAUGAUAAAACAAAGAUAGGCUAAGUAAACAAAUAACUGAACGACAGAACAUUUGGCUACAUUUAUAAUCUUCAUGCGUCUCUGGGUUGCCAAGGCCUCUCAUUUCCCACAGAUAAUCUUAUCCACGGAUUGCCGAGACAGGAAACGCAGAUAUGCGUAAUCUUAAAAGCGCUGAAGUGAUGAUGGCGAGAGCUGUGAAGCCGUGGGACUAUUCAAGACAUGACACACGCUAUCUGUCAGGGUUACCGGAUAAAGUCAGGUGCUUAACCAAAUCAAAUGUUUUGGAUCAUUAACUUUCCCUUAUGAGAUCAAAAUAAUCGACUUUAAGGGUUUUUAUUUCACUGUUUCUGCUCAAGAAUAAAUAAAAACUCGCUUACCUUGGACACCUUUUACUGUGAGGUAGUCGGUAGUGCUUGUAUUAUUUCAUAAUUUAGGCCUAAAUGUCUUCCUGACACACCUACAGAAGGACAGACAGAGUCUGGGAGUCCCUCCCCGCUCCAGCACGUCACUGAAAGGGAGAGGACAGCAUCUUGGCUGACCCAGCUCUUUCUCUAGAUAACUGAAUCCAGCCAACCAAACAGGACCGACCUCUCUUCUUCCCCCCCAGCCUUGCAAACACAGACUAGAGCCAGAGGAGAGGGGAUGUCACAGCUGAGAGAGAAACAGUCCUCCUCAGUCUGCAUGAAAAUUAAGCUGUGCGUAACUAUCCUUCACGCCUACGCACCGGCGGCUUACUCCGCAUACGCGCCUUCCGGAGACAAAUUCAGGCCUUGUUGACAACAUUUUUUGAUUUGUUAUUUCUCUGUUGGGGGUGAUAAUGCUUCCCAGUCCGCUCAUAACUUCAUCCAGCACGCCUUUUUCUGUCAAGGAUAUUCUGAAGUUGGAGUUGCAGCAGCAGUCCCAGCAGCAGCAGCAGCAGCUUCAGUUGUUCUCCUGCUUCGGUCUCUCCGGGGCGCUGUCACAGCCGGGGGGAGCCUUCCCGAACAAACCGUUCCGCUCUCACUCACCGCCCUCCUGCAUGCUGGCCGGCAGAGACAGUCCCAGCCCCAUCAGCUCCGGUCUGUCCGAGAGCGAGGAGAGGAUGUCGUACCUCAACACGCUGACGGUGCAGGAGCGGCUGGUGGAGUCCGGGCUGCCGGUGGAGAUGUUUGGAAACCCGGCGCAGAGCUCAGCGGAGCUCCGGCUGGAGAUCGAGCACGAGGAGCAGGACAGCAGUGAGUGGAGUUUGGUGAUCAGUGUGUUGAUCUAAACUGAGUGGGGAUGAUGAGGAUAUCUGUGCUGAUUGUUGAUAAUUUUAUUGGCUAAACUGCAGCAGAGACGACAGAGGAUUACAAGCACAAAAAGUUUAUCUAAACACACGGAAAGAGUAAACUGAGUCAGUAUAAACCGACUCUAACAGUCAUUUUAACAGAAAGCAGAUCGAAGUAGAUUGUUGUGAAAUUGAACAUUAAAUUAAAAGUGUUUUUAUGUCCCAUUGUGGUCAUUCUUAUUAUCAUAAUAGAUUUUGUUUGCACAGUAUUUUUUGCAUUAUUUCUGUAUGUAUUUGCGUUUACGUUUUACCUAUAUUACCAAAGCAAAUCAAGCAGAGCAUUCACGACCCAGUUUCUCUCUGUGCACAUUUGUUUUUAUUUCUCUAAAGUAGUUUAUUUAGGUGUGCACAAGGUUCAAAUGCGUGCAGGUGAUGCGUAAUUACGCACUGAUUUUUGCAUUCAAACAAUAAAGGCACCAGCAAAUAUAAAUUUUACGCACAAAGCUAAAUGAAUACACCUCUGAAGCUCCAGCAAUCUAAAUGCAACAUGCAAGAAAACAUAAAUAAAUGCACACAGUUCCCAAAAUAUUUGAAUUGUCUUCUUAAAAAACACAAUUUAAUCUUGCAGGAGCUACAAUAAAACUUCCUUUUAAAUUGGAUUAUUAUAAAAGGUAAAAAGUGUCGAAAUAAAAAGCUAAAUAAAUAAGUAAUAAUGAUAAUUAUAGUAUAUCUUGUUUUGCUUCUGUAUUUUGAGAUGCUGUUGUGAGAGAAGUCAAACUCACGUGUUGAAUAAACUCUUAAAAAUUACCACAACCUCAUCCUCCAUCAGCUUUAAUCCAAAUCUUUCCCCUGCAGAGACCUGCGGGACUCUGAGAACCGACUGCGAUGACCCAGACCCGGAGAAGCCCGCCACCAAGCAGCAGAGGACCAGGCGGAAACCGCGCGUGCUCUUCUCGCAGGCUCAGGUGUUCGAGCUCGAGCGUCGCUUCAAGCAGCAGCGUUACCUGUCCGCCCCGGAGAGAGAGCACCUGGCCAGCUCCCUGAAACUCACCUCCACGCAGGUCAAGAUCUGGUUCCAGAACAGGAGGUACAAAUGCAAAAGGCAGCGACAGGACAAAAGUCUGGAGAUGGCGGGACACCACCAUCAUCAUCAUCACCACCACCACCCACCGCCGCCGCCCAGGAGGGUAGCUGUGCCGGUGCUGGUUCGAGACGGGAGGCCUUGCCUUACCGGAUCCCAGAACUAUAACACGUCUUACACAGUGGGAGCUCCAAAUCCGUACAGCUACAACAGCUACCCACCUUACAGCUACAACAACACAGUCUACUCUAACACUUACUCCUGUACGUACUCGAGUUUACCUGCUCUGCCGCCCAGCAACACCGCUGCUAACGCUUUUAUGAACAUGAAUCUGGGUAACCUGGGUGCGCAGACGCAAAACCAGGCAGCCCAAGGAGCAGUGGUCACACCCUGCCAAGGAGCUCUGCAGGGCAUCCGGGCAUGGUAGCGUGGACUAUAGAGACUUCUCUGAACGGACUCAAGCAUGUAAACCUGAGAAACUAAUUCAACAAAAGCACAAUUCCUAACACGUUACAGAAAGAGCAGGCCGAGUGGGCUCAAAGUGAAGGCAGCAGGCCUGUGGGGGAAACUCGAACCCGUUAAUGUGCAGUUUUCUUCUGAGCCAGUGUUUAAACAUGUAUUCAGCCUGCUGUUGGAUAUCUGAGUGUUUCUGAUGAGAGAAAAAAAGAAUGCAUUAUGUUGCCCUUUCCUGUUUCAAAAUGAAUGUUAUGUACAAAGGAAUAAAUAAAGAAAAUCUGCAUUGGCAUCUUAGUCGAACAUGAAUUUCUGUGCGUAAAAGUGCAACUAAAAAGGCAGAUCAUUCAGUUUAGUCCCAGAAAUUUAUGAAAAAGAAAUACAAAUAAGACCAGAACUAAUUGGAAAACCAAUAAAGUAUUUUUCUUUCUUUUAACAGCG